GCGGCGUCGGCGGCAGCAGCGGUGGAGCAAACAGCUGCGUUGGCGCAGACUGCGUCUGCUGCGCGAGCGGUGUUGGCGACUCAAGCGGCGGCUGCCGCGCAAAUAGCAGCAACGUAGAUGGUGGCGACGGCGGAGCGGCGGCGGGGGCUGCGCAAGCGGCGGCAGCGGGAGCUCCAGCGAGGGCCAGCAACUGAGGAAGGGCAGAGAAGGCCAGAAAGACCAGGAAACCUGCUGCAGAGAAAGGCUUUUGGAGUUAGAGCAUCUGCACCUUCAAAGCUGCGCUGAAGCCUUGAUAGGCAGCAUCUGCGAUGUGAGGGAAGGCACCUCCACCAGUUAUGGACAUGGGCAUGGACACUCCCGGUUCACUGAAGGAAAUGAGCACCGGGCCAAACAGCAGGACUGAAGUUCUGUGGAAGCUUCUCAUUUUAACUGCCUUCUUGGGAACUUGUGCCUUACUCAUUUACCUCUGGAGAACCAUCCUCACUAUAAAGCCUCGACAAUAUGAAGUUACUUUAGACCAAAUUAAGAUGAAGAUGAAUGACCUUAAAAACGAAAACAGGGAUCUUGAAAAAAACAUAGCGAGUUGGGAGGAGAAGGCCAGGGAAGCAAAGAAGCAAGCAGAAACAAAGAGAGAACAUAAGUGUUCCCUUGCUAGAGUACGUAUAUUAAAAGCCCGAGAUGCACUGGUGGAUCAAGAGCUGAGAGCCUUGACAUCAAAAAAACAAGAACUGAAAGAAAGGAAAACAUUCCUGGAAGACCAGUCUAAUGCCAUGAGUUCUCAGAAAACAGCUAAAGAAGCAGAAUUGAACCUGCUAAAGAAGAAAUUGGAUAUGAUGGUGGAGUUCUCUGAAAACCGAAAACUGACUUGCAGAAGAGAAGCUAGAAGAGACACUGUAUGAAUUGAAUGCAACUAAGAAUGAGCUGUUAGCUGCCAAUAAAUAUCUGAAAGUAACUGAAGAAGAAACGGUGAAGUACAGCUCCACCUGGAGUCUCUGAAACCCUUAGAUUGCUGAGCUCUUCCGGGGGAUCUCCCC